CAGGUUCACAAUAUAAGAAUAUAACCUCAACAACUCAUUUUAUGGCAUGAAAUAAUAAAUAUUAUUGUUCUUAACUGCAUAAAAAAACAAAUAAUUCAAAUAUGAAUACUUCUAUUAUAAAACUUCUCCAGUCGGGUUUCGGUACUAGCAGUGUUAUAGCGCAAUGUUCACCAAUACUAGCUUCUCAAUUGCACACGUCUGCUCCACUAUGCCGUGUGGUAUCAGGAAAAUACAGGAUCACGAAAAAACGGGACAGGCCGCUUACAUACGAAAUGGCUAACCCUCCACAUUACAUUGCUCACCGUAAAUCAUGGAACUCUUGGAAUACUUCAAAUUUAAAGGAUGGUCUGAGGAGGUCUGAGACAGCAGUAGAAGAUGAAUUCAUUAGAAGGUUUAUGAAUGGUACUUGGCAUAGCCUUGUUUGCAGUGAGGUUAUAAUCAAAAGGCAGUUCAACCACAUACGAGUUGCUGCAAUCAUCAGACGUGCUGUGUCACCAACUAAAAUGUAUUUUCUACUUGGUUACUCUGAAGAAUUGUUGUCUAAUUGGCUGCAGUGUCCUGUCACCCUCGAAUUACAGACAGUUGACAGCUUUAAAGAUGUUGUGUUCAAAUAUAUUUAAUUUUACCAUAUUAUUUGUAGUG